AUGGCUGGGGCGGGGAAAACAACACUUGCUAGAAAAUUCUACACUUCAACUAGUGCCAAACAACAUUUUGAGAUAGUUUCUUGGGUGACGGUGUCUCAGAAGUACAAAGGAAUUGAUUUACUAAAAGAUAUUCUGAAACAAAUCACUGGAAGCACAUUUAGGUCAGCUGAUCAAAUGCAAGAGUAUGAGGUGGCAAAGAUGAUUCAUGAUUUUCUAUCCCAAAAAAGGUACUUAGUAGUUCUUGAUGAUGUGUGGGAAACAGAUACAUGGGAAAUAUUAAACAGAACAACUAGAGCCUUUCCAGAUGCAGAAAAUGGUAGCAGAAUACUUAUAACCACACGAAAAGAAGAUGAUGCAAAUCAUGUUCAAAUGCCAACCCAUGUUCAUCCUUUGAAGAAGCUAGAUGAGCAGAAAAGCUGGGAACUUUUUAGUAGCAAAGCCUUACCAUCAUACAAGAGGUCUGUCAUACAUGAUGUGGAUGAGUUUGAAAAACUUGGGAGAAAGCUUGCAAGGAAAUGUGGUGGAUUACCACUUGAACUUGCAGUAUUGGGGGGUUACCUAUCAAAGAAUUUAAAUGCACAAACAUGGUCUGAUAUACUAUUGGAUUGGCCAUCGACCAAAAAUGAGCAGAUGAUGCGAAACAUGCUAGCUCGCAGUUAUUGGGACUUGCCAAAUCAUUAUUUAAGAUCUUGCUUCCUCUAUAUUGCUGCUUUUCCGGAGGACUCCAUGGUAUAUGUGUCAGAUCUUACCCAAUUAUGGAUAGCAGAAAGCUUCAUUCCACACAUACCAAAUCAUACACUAGAAGAAACAGCAUAUAAGUAUGUAACUGAGCUGGUCGAGAGAAGCUUGGUACAUGUUGUUGAAACAAGCAUGGCAGGUGGAAGGAUUGCGAUAAUAAGGAUUCAUGAUAUCUUACAUGACUGGUGCAAGGAAGAAGCAAGACAAGAUGGCUUUCUUGAUGGAGUGGAUAAAACUACUGGACGAGCUGGUGCACAAUUAUCAUCGGCUAACUUGGCAUCCUAUCGUUCUACUUUUCAAAGUUUGAGUAAUGUGAUCUUACCUGGAGCACCUAAUGUCAGAACUCUGUUUGGCUUUCAACUUGAAUCAGUAUCCCUUCCUAGGUUGAGGUUCCUAAGAGUUCUUUACAUUGAAGGCUCAACAUUGAGAGAUUUCUCCACAGUGAUUGGUGGCUGCAUUCACCUAAGAUACCUUAAGUUGCAUUGCUGUGGAGGUGUAAUGCUACCUUCUUCAAUAGGCCAGCUCCUUUACUUGCAGACUAUUGAUCUAAGAGACACAAAACUGGACUCACAAGUACCACAGUCCCUCUGGGAGAUCCCUACUCUAAGGCAUGUUUACCUCACCGAUGGGUUUUCUCCACCACCGCCUGCAAGGAGUGUGCGGCAGCAUCAUAAAGAGCUCCAGACCUUGUUUUGGGAUGUUUCAGAUGUUGGCAGUGAAUGCUGCUACCAUGACAUGGAGAUUUUAUUGGGCCAGAUGGGUCAACUAACGACAUUAUUUUUGGUGAUGUCCCCCAUGCCCUCCGAGGUGUUUAACAUACUUGCACACAUGCCUCACCUUGUUGAUAUUUCUCUCAGCAACUUUGGUGUGCUCGAUAAGUUGCCUGCUGAGCUCCCACGGGGUGUCAAGCGUCUUCGUCUCUGUGCCCAUGUCAUUAAACAAGACCCGAUGCCGAUCCUGGAGAAGCUUCAUUAUCUUGUGGUGCUAGAGUUGUCGGGGUACGAAGGUCAAACGAUGUUCUGCUCUGCCCAAGGGUUUCCUCGGCUGCAAGAGUUAAAACUUGUUGGUUUUUCAACUGAUGAUUGGAGGAUCGAGGUAGGAGCAAUGCCAAAGCUUUCCGACCUGACUCUUCGGGAAUGCAAUCGCAAGCUCCCCGAGGGGUUUCUACACCUUCCGUCCCUCAAUCACCUGACGUUGUACAGAAUGCCCCAGAUUUCCGAAGAUGACAACACACUAAAGGAGCUCGAACGGAAAGGAUGUCAGGUGGAAUCUUUAUGA